GUUGGGCCUGUGAUUUUCAAAGAAAGAAACAAAGUGAAAAAAAAAGUCAAGAAAACAGAGAAAAAAGAAGACUAUAUGGGAAACAAGAACAAGACUUAACAAGCAGGAAUUUGAGUAUAAGAAAGCAGGAAAAGGUUUAGAAUUUAGAUCAAAAAAGAAAAAAAAUGGAAAAUACUCAAUCUUCACUGUUAAUAACCCAUCAACAAUUCUUCACAGCAGUUGAAUCAGAUGAUAUUCAAUCUUUAAAGCUUAUUCUCCAUAAAUUUGAAGCUCAAGAUGGGCAUGGUGGAGCUUCAAUCCCUUCUCUUAUGUCCCUUCAAAAUUCUGCUGGUGAAACUGCUUUAUAUAUUGCUGCCCAGAAAAAUUUGGUCCAUAUCUUUUCGUUUUUGCUCAAUUAUUGUCAGAUUCAUAUUGCUAUGAUUCGGUCCAAGGCUGAUCUUAGUCCCUUUCAUGUUGCUGCUAAGUGUGGUCAUCUGGAAAUUGUGCAGCAGCUGCUGGAUAUCUGGCCUGAGCUUUGUAGGUGUUGUGAUUCCUCGAAUACUUCUCCGCUCUACUCAGCUGCUGUUCAAGGUCAUUUGGAAGUAGUAGAUGCUAUAUUACAAGCAGACGACACUGCAGCAAGAAUUGUCAGAAAAAAUGGGAAAACUGCUUUGCAUACUGCUGCUAGAUAUGGUCUUCUAGACAUGGUCAAAUUACUUGUCGAAAGAGACCCUGGAAUCGUCUCAAUCAAAGAUAAGAAGGGUCAAACAGCACUUCACAUGGCUGCUAAAGGUCAGGAUCCCUCAAUAAUAGAGUUGCUUCUUGCUGAUUGUUCAGUGCUGAAUGAACGCGACAAAAAGGGCAACACAGCUGUGCAUAUUGCAACAAGGAAAAGUCGUGCCCAGGUAGUCUGCUAUCUGCUGAGUUACACAUCUGUUGAAGUCAACGCCAUCAACAAUCAGCAAGAAACAGCCAUGGACUUGGCAUCAAAGCUUCAAUACGGAGAAUCUGCGUUGGAGAUCAGGGAAGCUUUAUCAGACGCUGGUGGAAAGUACGCCAGGAAUGUCGGGAAAGUGGAUGAAAAUAUGGAAUUAAAAAGAACAGUAAGUGAUAUUAAACAUGAAGUGCAUUCACAACUUAUCCAAAACGAAAAGACCAAUAAAAGGGUAUCAGGCAUUGCUAAAGAACUAAAGAAACUUCACAGAGAAGCGGUUCAAAACACCACCAAUUCCGUAACAGUUGUGGCCGUUCUGUUUGCCUCUAUUGCUUUCCUUGCAAUCUUUAAUUUGAACGGCCAGUACGUAACAAUCGGUCCAGAAGCAGGAAAAGCCAACAUUGCUAACACUAUUGCAUUUCGGGUUUUCUGCCUUUUGAAUGCCGUGUCGCUCUUCAUCUCACUAGCCGUUGUUGUGAUCCAAAUCACUUUAGUAGCAUGGGACACUCAAGCUCAGAAGCUAGUCGUCACGGUUACUAACAAGCUAAUGUGGGUUGCCUGUCUUAGCACUUGUGGGGCUUUCUUGGCGAUAGCGUUUGUCGUUGUAGGUCAUGAAAAUUCGUGGAUGGCUAUCUUUGUAACUAUAAUGGGAACUUUUAUCAUGAUGGGAACACUGGCUAGUAUGUGCUACUUUGUGUUUCAGCAUCAUUUCAGGAUUUUCGGAAAUGAUUCCCAGAGGCGGAUCAAGAGGGCAAGUGGUAGCAAAUCUUUCUCCUGGUCGUAUUCCAUCAAUGUUUCUGAUAUCGACGAGUAUAAUUCAGACCAUGAGAGGAUUUAUGCCCUAUGAUUUUAGAUGGUUUGCAAAGUUCUUGUUGCACCUCAGUCCUCAAGUGCUAGUCCGAAAUGUUGGGCUCUGAACUGUAGAUUACUUAUGUUUGUUGUGGUUGCUUGUUUCAAGGUAGUGCGUAAAAUUUAGUGUUGAAAGUGAUGAUCUUGGUGCCCAUGUUUAGAAAUGGGAAUCUCUAUAUAUGUAUAAGAGUAUAUAUGUACCAUAUAGUAUGCUUAAAAUGGAAAGUUUUGCGUACAAACAUGCCAUGAGAUAUCACAAGUCUUUUGGAA